AUGCAGGCGCAUCCAGAGCCAGCGUCGGUGCUGGAUCCGGCCUUGCUAGCGGACACUCACCUGCAGUAUGACCAGGAUCUGGAUUCGGACUACGAGUAUGAAUAUGAAUACGACGAACAAGAGACUGAGACCUUCUACCUCAACCUAGACCUCACCUCUCACAACGGGCCCAUUCGGCCACCGCGCAAAAGGCACGACCCGACCUCCUCAACCUCCACCCCCGCGCAAUCCUCCUCCGCAUCAGCUCUACCCCCGCAAGCCGACGAGAACGAGUCCACCCUAGCAAGCACCGAAGUGGACCAGACCCCCGCAGAACGAGUACAGAUCCUCGGUCUACACACGCGCAACCCCAUCGUUUCCUACCAGAACCAAAUCUUCAGCUGCUCCUGGGCCGACCAGAUAGGCACAGAGCUACUCUUCACCCAACCCGAGCCUGCGCCCGCACCGGAGCCCGAGCCAGAACCAGAUUCAGAGCCCCGAGCAGCCCAGAUCACCCCGCUCAAACACACCAAAGACUUCGACCUCCUCGCCGCCAACAGCGUCAAGAUCCUCGGCCGCAAAGCGAACCUCAUCUCCAGCGCCGGCCCAGCAGGAUCCAUCCCCGCCGAUCCAUCCACCACCUCAUCCGCAGACGGCGUCACCGGCGGCGCAUCAACACCCGGGCUGCCUCCCACGCGCCGAACAGGUCCCGCAAGCACCAAUACCAACCAAGCGCGAUUCCUAGAUCGCCUGAUCAGCCUCAAGCAAGCCAAGGGCGAGACGGACCCCGUGCGCAAAGUCUUCAGCCUCAAGCGCACGCAGAACCUGGAAGACCGCUUCCGAGGCUGGGUGCAGACAGACGAGCAGCUAGCGGAGAUCUCUCGGCUCAACGAUGCCGCCACACAAGGGAACACCGACGCUAUCGCGCAACUAGAACAUCUCUACGCGCAGAUGGGAAGCCGAGAGGCUGAUGAAGACGCGCCUCCAGAGCGUUGA